AUGACCGCUGAGGGACAGUCGUUCCCAUAUCGUUUGUGUUAUCGUUGUGCAACAACGUCAGAAUAUGACAUCGUUUCCGAGUGCUCUAGCCCGACCACGAGGCAUUUGUUGGCCUGCAGUCGAGACGCCUCUUGUAUAUCUGUCAAAGUGGUCAAUCGACCUCUUUCGGCAGAUGACAGACAAAUUUUAUCAGAUGAUCAUCGACAAUUGACAACGGCUGACGAUAGAAGGUUACCGGCUAUAUGUUGUGGAACGUCGACUCCGGAGCGAAGACAGAGCAGCUCUUCAUCAGCAUCGUCGAUAGGGUCGUCUGUAACAGCUCACCCAACGUCCAACAGCAGUUUAUCGAGCGCAUUCACCCGCGUGGGCAGCUUACAGAAAUCGCGCCUUUCCUCAUCCGAUGAUUCCAAUUCGACGACCUCCAAGGAUGGUGAUUGUCGUUUGGUCAGAGCUUCAAUCCAUAUCCCUGCCAGUAAAAAGGACUUCGUCCGUCGCCUGGGUUCUGGUAUUCCUUUAGGCAGUGGAAAGCUCAUCCGCGGUUGCAGUCCGAGUGUUGGCGUGAGUAAUGCAACGAAUAAUAUGGAAGCAUCAUCCUCAUCAAGUUCUACUGAAAAUGAAAGUGGUUUUUCAUCUAUGAACUCAUUUCACGAAAUCGGAUUGCCGCUCGUGAAUUCCACUGCCGUAUUAAAUUCUUCGUCUCUUUCAUCGUCCUCCGAUGAAUCAAGGACGAUAGUGCACCGCGACGAUACGUUGAAGAGGAAAUCUAUGAAUUUCGAUAAAAGACUGAGUUUGGACCAACGAUCGAUAAAUCAGCUCGAGAAGGGUAGUUCGUUUCCAUUAGAUAAGAGCGGCGAUGAUGAUUCAAGUAUAGAGCAAAGAACAAGUUUCGAACGUGCUUCGACUAUCGAUCGUAGAUCAACGAGCUUUGAUAGAUCAUCAACUGUAGAUAGAAGACUAAGUUUCGAUCAGUAUUCUGCCAAUGGCAGAGAUUCAAUUUCCAACCGCCGGUCUAGUUAUUUCGAAAGAACGUUAGAUUCUUCCAACUCAAGUCCUGAAAAAACUCCCAAAAGAACUUCAGUUAACGACCACCAAAGGUGGAACUCCUCGACGUCAGGAAAUACAAUUCUAUAUGAUAAGACAAAUGAACGCAUCACAUUGAAAUCGGACGAUAUUCGAGUACUCUGGGUUUGAUUGAGAUGAAAAAUCUAAUGUGUGCCACUGUGCACUUUGGUGAUUUAUACAUAUGCAUGAUUUAUGUAUAUGUUAAAAUACACUGUACUCAAUGCAAUAUUAUUUAAUAGCCAUGUUCUUAGCAUUUUUAUUUAUUGCAGGACUUUUUAGAAGAAAAUAG